UUAUUCGAAUUGUUCGAUUACAGCAAUUUGGUUAAGCAUCAAAAUGAAAGUUACAUUCUUGUUAUGUGCCACCUUUGUAUUGGCUUUCCAAUAUGCCAAAGCCGACCCAGUUGGUGAAUGCCCUGACACAAUGAACCCGGAAAAAGUUGAUUUCUUGGUAGAUGAUAACGAUUGCACCGUCUUCUACAAAUGCGAUUGGGGAAAACCCGUCAAAUUCGAUUGCCCAUCUGAUUUACAUUUCAACAAAGAAUUGGAAGUCUGUGAUUGGCCGGAUAAAGCUGGAUGCGACGGUGAUGGUGGAGAUGACGGUGGAAGUAGCAGCAGCAGUAGCAGUAGCGAAAGCGAUGAAGGGGAUGACGAUGAAGAAGUAGUUGAAGGAGGAGAUGACAAUGUUGAAGAAGAUUCUGGUAGCUCCAGCUCUAGUUCUAGCUCCGAAAGUGACGAAAGUGGCGAUGGAAACGGUCAAGGAAGAUGCCCAAAUGAUCCAUGCCCAAAAGAAAAUGGUGAAUUCCCUCAUUACUUUGCCCACCCUGAAACCUGUGGUAGAUUCUGCCAAUGUGACUGGGGAGUUGCCUAUGAUAUGCCAUGCCCAGAUGGACUUCAUUUCAACACCAAACUUAAUGUUUGCGAUUGGCCAGCUGAUGCAGGAUGUGAAUAAUAUAUUUAUUUUCAUAAAAAUGUUAUUUAAAGAAAUAUAAAUUAAAUAAAACAUGAUUAUGUAUUAAUAA